AUGGCAGACGAUCAAAACAACAUCCGGACUGGUGAGCUCGAGAAUGAAAGCGAGACCCCUCACUUCGACGCGCUGUUUGCUCAAUACUCCACCAGUGACGGAACAUUUGGCACGGAGCACCUAGGCAGCUUGCUCGUUGAUAUGGGAUUCAAUGCUUCUCCGAAGGUUAUAGAUCGCGCACUUGACGAUAUGGACCCGAAUGCUACAGGAGAGAUUGCCAAGCUGACAUUCCUCGAGUGGUUCGAAGAGAAUGCAGACGACAUUGACGACGCCCCUGCAGCCCCAACUCAGUCAUCUCUCCUAGCUUCUCGUACUCAUCAGCAAGAGGAAGCUUACUCUGAGCUGCAAAGUGCGAUGCUAGAUGCUAAGAAACAGCGCCAACAAGCAGAAAAUGACGCUCAACUACUCGCCAACCGCCUCACUCAUCUUCGAGCGGAAGACGCGCGUGCACAGAAGCGGAUCGAAGAGGCCAAGCGACGUGCUCGUGAGAUUGAAGCAAUCAAGAAGCGCAAUGAGGAUAAACAACGCGUCAAACAAGAGGCUUUGGAACAGAUGCAGCGAGACAUUAAGGCUCAGCGCGAGUACAACAACGCAGUGCAGUCGUUGUCGCGGGAACGUCGCAACCAAGUUAUAGCAGAGUACACCUCACAUCGUGCUCAGAUCGUACAGGAUGCACGUGCUGAGAGGAAAACUAACCUGAAUCAGAUUAAACAGCAAAGGGAGAGAGAUCGAUCGUGGCUGGCGGAGCGUUCGCAGGAGAUUCGAGACAAGGAAAGACGCGCUAUACGUCAGCGGCAGGCUGCGCAAAAGAGCUACGAGAAGGAGUUGCUCAAAAAAGCACGUGACAAAUUGGCUCAGGAGCACGAGAAGCGAUUGCUGUCCGAGAAGAAGAUCUACAGCAUGGAGGCGGAGGAGGCAGAGCUGAUUGCGAAGCUGAGAGUGACGCAGGAGCUACAGCGCGCAGCUUACGAAGAGCUUGAAUUUGUCAUGCAGGAUGAUGGGAGGUCGUUAUGA